GGCCUGAUGCUCGAUAUAUAAGGAGGACCUGAACUGUGAGCUGGAGCUGUUUCUGAAGGUCUUGACUCACAGGAUGAACGCCCUCCGAACUCUGUUUCUCUUGGCCGCUGGCCUCUCUGUGGCUUGGUGUGGUCCAAAGGCACCAAUCCAAAAGAGGGCGCUUAACCAGUUCAGGCAAAUGAUCCAGUGCCUGGUGCCCGACAGCUCGCCGGUUUUGGACUACACUGACUACGGCUUCUACUGUGGAUAUGGCGGCUCUGGCACGCCUGUGGACGAGCUGGACAGGUGCUGCGAAGUGCACGACAAGUGUUACCGUGAGGCCAAGGACCACGACCAAUGCUUGCCUUUCUUCGACAACCCUUACACCGAGAUCUACGCCUACAGCUGUGACACAGUGAGCAAGACGUUCACCUGUGGCGAGAACAACGACGAAUGUGAGCAGUUCAUCUGCGAGUGUGACAGGAAGGCUGCAGAGUGUUUCGCCAGAUCGCCUUAUAACCCCGAGAACCAGCGACUGCCCAGCGAGCGAUGUCAGUAGAAGACCUCUUCAGUUAAUCAAACGCAGGAUCCACUCCCACAGAAGAUGCUCGACAUUCAGAUAAAUUGCUGUGUCAUUAAAUUAAAUGUGUAGUUGAGCCUUUGACUCAUGCUUGUUCAUGCACAUUUUCCAUUUUGAGAGAUAUUUGUAUUAAAGAUCCUGUUACAGUUCAAA